UUGCUUAUCAACACCGACCUCCUUGACUUUCACAUACCGUCGACCAUGGCCCCUCGGCCUCGUUUAACACUGCUCGAUUAUGGCCAUCGAGCGAUCGUCACUACUUGUGCAGCGGCCUCCGUCUAUGGACUGUGGGCUAUCUGGCAGAUCCACAAUGCAAACAUCGCAGCCGGGGCAGAAUACAUGCGGGUUCUGAAGAUUGAACAAGAGAAAGCACGAGCGGAAGGCCGGGUGCCCCCGGAACGCCUGGACAAGCCCGCGUCGUUCUACACCAACAACGAAUCUCUGUCCUCGCAAUGAGAGGCCCCUGUGACCCGGCCAUUCCCUGUCGUCAUCUUUGCCCCUCCCCCCCCUGUCUCUCUUGACUAUCGCCAUCAGCUCGAACUCAUGUAACAAUCCAAUUGCCACCAAAUAUUUGAAAUCUCAAGCAUCUCACACAUCAACGGUUCUUGGGGUCUAUCUACUCUGCAAACAAAAAAAUGAACGUGACUCAUAUUUUGCAAGGCCUGCAUCAAUCCACACAUUUGGAUCACUACCAUCUGUACAGAAAAAAUAACCUAAUGAAA